UUCGUGGUGCCUUUUCCAUGUGUGUUGUUCGUCUGAAAAUAAAUAGAUGUAUUGACGUUAAAUACUGUACUUAUAAAAAUGCUGUUUGCUAAAGAUGCACCAUGGCGGCGCCUCGAAGGCAUGUCCUUUGGAAUAUACUCCACAGAUGAAAUCAGGAAGCUUAGUGUAAAGACAAUCACUAAUCCCCGUUUUCUGGAUAAUGUAGGGAACCCAGCGACCAAUGGUUUGUAUGACUUGGCAUUGGGCCCUGCCGACUCUAAGGAAGUCUGCACCACCUGCAUGCAAGACUUCAACAAAUGUCCCGGCCACCUGGGUCAUAUAGAACUGCCUUUGCCUGUGUACAACCCAAUGUUCUUCGAUAAACUGUACCUGCUGGUCCGAGGCUCCUGCCUGAGCUGUCACAUGCUGACGUGUUCUCGUGCUGCUGUCCACCUGCUCCUCAACCAGCUGAGGGUGCUAGAGGCAGGCGCCCUUAAUGCAGUGUACGACCUGGAGGCUGAGCUGAACAGGUACCUGGAGGGCAAUGUGUCGGCCAGCGGUGUGGAGAUACAGGAGGUGUUGGAGGACUAUACUAAGAAAAUCCUGAGGACUGCCAUAGGCUACAGUUCCCCGGUAAAGAACGUUUGUGAAAUUAAGAACAACCUUAUCAGCAAUUUCUGGAAACUUCACGUGAAAUCUAGAAAAUGUCCAAACUGCAAAACUGGUCGAUCAGUUGUCCGGAAGGAGCACAACAGCAAGCUUAUAGUGACCUUGCCCUCAUCUGUGCAUAAAGCAAGCAAGACAGGUGAAGCAAAUCAGAAAGAAACUGAAGUAAUUAAUGAAGCCCAACUGGGGAAGCGUGGAUAUCUGACGCCCAGCACCACCAAAGAACAUGUCCUGCGACUUUGGGAAAAUGAAGGGUUUUUCCUGAAGUACCUGUUUUCAGGUUUGGAGGUCUAUGAGAACUCCAAGAGCUGUUUCAACCCAGAUGUGUUCUUUCUGGAAAAUCUGGUUGUCCCUCCGUCCAGGUAUCGCCCCAUCAACCGUCUGGGGGAUCAGAUGUUCACAAACGGGCAGACGGUGAACCUGCAGGCAGUGAUGAAGGACAACACGGUGAUCCGGAAGCUGCUGGCCCUGAUGGCACAGGAGAAGGAGAAGGCACUUGAGCACCCAGAGACUGAGACAGCAGAGGCGCUGGAGGUGGAAUCCAAUCAAACUGAUAGGGCCUUCCUAAGCAGUAUCCCAGGACAGACGCUCACAGAUAAGCUGUACAAUGUCUGGAUCCAUCUGCAGAGCCAUGUCAACAUUGUGUUUGACAGUGAUAUGGACAAGCUCAUGGGUGAUAAAUUCCCAGGAAUUCGGCAGAUGCUGGAGAAGAAAGAGGGUCUCUUCCGGAAACACAUGAUGGGGAAGCGUGUGGACUACGCAGCUCGUUCUGUCAUUUGUCCAGACAUGUACAUUGGCACAAAUGAAAUUGGAAUACCCAUGGUGUUUGCUACCAAACUGACGUACCCACAGCCGGUCACGCCCUGGAACGUGAAGGAGCUGCGGCAGGCGGUCAUCAACGGGCCCGACGUGCACCCUGGCGCCUCCAUGGUGAUCAGUGAGGACGGCUCCCGCACGGUCCUCAGCUCCACCAACCGCACGCAGAGAGAGGCCAUCGCCAAGCAGCUGCUCACGCCCUGCACCGGCCCGCAGAGGAUGUCUAUGAAAAUUGUCAACCGGCACAUUAAGAACGGUGAUGUCCUGCUGCUAAACCGACAGCCCACACUGCACAGGCCCUCCAUCCAGGCUCACUGUGCCCGCAUCCUGCCUGGAGAGAAGGUUCUGCGGUUGCAUUAUGCCAACUGCAAAGCCUAUAACGCUGACUUUGACGGCGAUGAGAUGAACGCACACUUCCCCCAGAGUGAGCUGGGCAGGGCUGAGGCCUAUAAUCUUGUCAGCACUGACCAACAGUAUCUGGUUCCCAAGGACGGGAAGCCCUUGGCAGGACUGAUUCAGGAUCACAUGGUGUCGGGCACCAGCAUGACAAUACGCGGCUGCUUCUUCACACGAGACCAGUACAUGGAGCUGGUUUACCGAGGCCUGACGGACAAGAGGGGCAGGGUCCGCGUGCUGCCCCCCGCAGUGCUGAAGCCAUGUGCCCUGUGGACAGGGAAACAGGUUGUUUCUACCUUGCUGAUCAACGUAAUUCCAGAAAAACACCUACCCUUGAACCUCAUAGGGAAAGCCAAGAUUCCCAGUAAGGCCUGGAUCAAAGAGCCACCACGACCUGUCCCAGGCUACAACCCAGACUCCAUGUGUGAGUCCCAGGUCAUAAUCCAGGAUGGAGAGCUGCUCUGUGGAGUUCUGGACAAGGCCCACUAUGGCAGCUCGGCCUACGGGCUGGUUCACUGUUGCUACGAGCUGUACGGAGGGGAGACCAGUGGCAAACUGCUGAGCUGCCUGGCCCGGCUCUUCACAGCCCACCUCCAGUUGUACAGGGGCUUCACCAUGGGUGUGGAAGAUAUAUUGGUAAAGCCUGGAGCUAAUAAAAAGAGAAAGAAGAUCAUUGUAGAGUCUACCGAAUGUGGGGCAAAGGCUGUGCGAGCUGCUUUCAACCUCCCCGAGACUGUUCCGGAAAGUGAGGCCAGGGACAAGUGGCAUGAUGCCCACCUCAGCCCCGACCAGCGAGACUUCAACAUGGUGGACCUCAAGUUCAAGGAGCAGGCCAACCUUGUCAGCAAUGGCAUCAAUAAGGUGUGCAUGCCCCUGGGUCUUCACAGACGUUUCCCAGAGAACAACCUUCAGCUGAUGGUGCAGUCUGGGGCCAAGGGCUCCACUGUCAACACUAUGCAGAUUUCCUGCUUGCUGGGACAGAUUGAGCUGGAAGGACGCCGCCCCCCACUGAUGCCAUCUGGGAAAUCUCUGCCCUGUUUUCAGCCUUACGACGUGUCCCCUCGAGCAGGGGGCUUUGUGUCCGGCAGAUUUCUCACUGGGAUUAAACCCCCUGAGUUCUUCUUCCAUUGUAUGGCUGGUCGUGAAGGUCUGGUAGACACAGCUGUAAAAACCAGUCGGUCUGGUUACCUUCAGAGGUGCAUCAUCAAGCACCUGGAGGGGCUGGUGGUGCAGUAUGACCUGACUGUACGGGACAGCGAUGGGAGUGUGGUUCAGUUUCUGUAUGGAGAGGACGGCCUGGACAUCCCCAAAACACAGUUCUUACAGCCUCGGCAGUUCCCCUUCAUCAGGGACAACUAUGAGGUUAUCAAAAAAUCCAAGUGCUUAGAUGAGGCUUUAUCCAAGAUGGACUCCGAGGCUUCAUCCAAGCAUUUCAGAGCAAUCCAGAAGUGGAAAACCAAGCACGAGAACAGCUCUCCCCGCCAGGGAGCCUUUCUGCUCUUCUCUCAGAAGAAGCUGGCCAAGCUGCAGGCCCACUGCGAGCAGGGGUCACUGGUUAACAGCAGGACUCUCGCCACACAGCAGCUGAUAGAGAGGUGGUAUUCCCUGGACAAGGAGGGCCACAGGAAGUAUGCCAGGAAGACAGAACGCUGUCCUGAUCCUUGCCUGGCCGUGCACCGGCCGGACAUUUCCUUCGGCUCUGUGUCUGAAACCUUCGAGAGCAUCGUGGACUCCUACCUGUCUGACUACCAGGCCCAGCAGAGCAGUGCUGACUGCGAGAAGUCUCUGUCUGUGGAGAGCCUGAAGUCCUUGCUGCACUUGAAGUGGCAGCGGGCGCUUUGUGACCCUGGGGAGGCUGUGGGGCUCCUGGCGGCCCAGAGUAUCGGCGAGCCGUCCACUCAGAUGACACUCAACACCUUUCACUUUGCUGGCAGAGGAGAGAUGAACGUCACCCUUGGGAUCCCCAGGUUGCGUGAAAUCCUCAUGGUUGCCAGUUCUUCCAUCAAAACCCCAAUGAUGAGUAUCCCUGUGCUCAACACAAAGAAGGCCUUGAAGAAGGUGAAGAAGCUCAGAAAGAAGCUGACUCGUGUGUGUCUGUCAGAGGUCCUGCAAAGAGUGGAUGUGAAGGAGUCUCUAAGUGUGCAGGAGAAGCUGAAGAAAAGCCGUGUCUAUCAGGUCACCUUCCACUUCCUGCCUCCUGAGCGCUACCAGCAUGACAAGCCUCUGUCCCCGAAGCAGAUCCUGCACUUCAUGGAGACCAGAUUCUUCAGGAUACUCUUGGAAGCUAUAAGAAAACGGAGCUUGAAGCUGGCAUCUCUGAACUCUGUAAAUACAUCCAAAGCAACACAAAGGGAUCUCCAUGACUCAGAAGAACCACAAGCAGAGGAUGAUCGUGAGGGUGAGGGUGAGGAGGACGCCAGGAUUGUGGAUGCAGAGGCAGACGAGGGAGACGCAGACGCCACAGACACCAGGAGGAGACAAAAACAGGAGGAGGAGGUUGAUUAUGACAGUGAGGAAGAGGGAGACAAUGACGAAGCCAAUGAGCUGCAAGAGGAGGAGGAAGGACCUGAGGGCCGGCAGGAGAACGAGGAGGAAAUGGAAACGGGUCAGGUGCCUCCUCAAAGCACUGCUGCUCUUCCUGCUGCGAAGAGGAAGGCAGUGAAGCCCUUUGCAGACACAGAGCUGGAUGAGGUCCGGAUCAACACCGUUCUGGGAACCAGCUCCUCCAUUGAGAGCUAUAGAUAUGACACCGAGCAGGGACUGUGGUGCGAGGUUACUCUGAACCUCCCCGUUACCAAAGUGUACUUUGACCUCACCUCUCUGAUAGCAUCUCAGGCACAAAGUGCAGUGGUGCACGAGACCAAAGGCAUCACCCGCUGCCUGCUGAACGAGUCCACCAACAGCAGGGGAGAGAAGGAGCUUGUGCUCAACACGGAGGGAAUUAACCUGACCGAGGUCUGCAAGUACAGCGAUAUCCUGGAUUUGAAGAGGCUGUAUUGUAACGAUGUGCACGCCAUGGCCAACACGUACGGUAUCGAGGUGGCUCUGCGGGUCAUUGAGAAGGAGAUCAAAGACGUGUUUGCCGUCUAUGGCAUUGAGGUGGACCCUCGUCAUUUGUCUCUGGUUGCUGACUACAUGUGUUUCGAAGGUGUUUACAAGCCUCUCAAUCGUUUUGGAAUAAAGUCGAACUCUUCCCCACUGCAGCAGAUGACCUUCGAGACGAGCUUCAAAUUUCUUAAAGAUGCGACUAUGUUGGGUGCCUAUGAUGAGCUGAAGUCACCAUCAGCAUGUCUAGUGGUUGGUAAGGUAGUUAAAGGAGGAACAGGACUCUUUGACCUGAAGCAGCCACUCCAGUAGGUCUUUGUGGAAGAAACAGUGCUCUGUGGAGGGAGAGGGAAGCCUUUAUAAUUUGAACACGCAGACUGGUGUUGGCUGUGGGGGAAAGGAGCGCUGAGCUGAGCUGGAAGUCUCCAAAUGCUCCCCAGGUCGCACGGCAGAUGGCGAAACGAAACUUGAUUUCAGCACAAGACUGAAGGAAUUUGUUCCAUCAGGAUCCGACUGUUUCUCACUUUGCUGUUCUCCAGAGCUGCCUGACCCAGAAGGCCCAAAAAAGCUAUUGUGUUUAAUUUUUUUUUCUGUGUUUAAGUAAACUUAAAGUCAAAAAAGAAAAAGAAGGAAUAACACAUUUCUCUUUAUUUUUGUUUGGUAAUCUUAUUGCAGUUGUUAAGCAAGGGGAAAUCCAAAAUAAUAUGAAAAUAUUUGCCAGGUGAUAUAGGGUUCACAUCCAUUUGAUGAGACACAAGAUAUCUUGCUUGUGUUGUUCAAUGUAUUUAGUUGUAAUGAGAUUUUUUAAGUUGCACGGACAUUUUUGCUGUGUUUCCCUUUUGUUAUACUUCUCUUUUCUCAUGUUUCUGUUCUGGUACAGUAUAUGACAUACUGUGUCUAAAACAGUAUUUACUGGUAGUUGUAAUUUACCAUUCACAUCACAGACUGCAAACUUCCUCACACGUAGACUUUUCAAUAUUAGAGCUCUCCUUGUCUCACUGUUUCUAAUUUCAGAUUAAAAUAUUUUUGUUUUGAAUCUCAAGAAGUGUCCUCACCUCAGUGCUGUUAACCCUUAUACUCCUUUUUGCUUUAUGAGUGCUCAUAGUGAACCUUCUUCUUACUAAAUAGCCAGCAGCCAUAUCACCCUGCAACUCACAACUUGCAGCCCACUGAAGCUCAGCAGGUCAGUACCU